AUGGGAUUUCUGUCAUCACUUUCGAAUUUGUUCGGCAUGGGCAAGAAGGAUGUGAACAUUGUAGUCGUAGGGCUUGACAAUUCAGGAAAGACAACAAUUCUGAAUCAAUUGAAGACACCAGAGACAAGAAGUCAGCAGAUAGUGCCAACUGUAGGUCAUGUGGUUACCAACUUCAGUACUCAGAAUCUCAGUUUUCAUGCAUUUGAUAUGGCUGGACAGAUGAAAUACCGAAGCACUUGGGAAAGCUACUUUCACUCAUCACAAGGAGUGAUUUUCGUUCUGGACAGCUCUGAUCGGGUCCGAAUGGAAUUGCUAAAGGACGAGUUGUGGUUAGUGCUGGACCACAAAGACGUUGCUUCCCGCGGGAUUCCAGUCGUAAUCCUUGCCAACAAAAUGGACAUUCCUGGAGCUAUGACAUGUGCCGACAUCACAGCAGCUCUCGGAUUGAAUCUGCAUCGAAGCGGUACUUGGUCCAUUCACUCAACAUGCGCAUUGACUGGAGAUGGACUGGACAAGGCUAUGCAACAACUUUCCUCCGAAAUCCAAAAGUAUUUGGAGACAAGAAAAUCAUAA